AUUGCUGAUUAUGUUUGAUCUUUGAAAAAAAGGGUUUUUGUCUCUCUCAUUUUCACACUUCCUUCUUGAUCAGUGAAACUUCUUGUUUCUCUUCCAACUACACUUUUUCUUUUAUUUUCUCUGCAUCCUCUUUCUUUAACUGGGAUUUUUAGUGUUGUUUGACCUGCUGAAGACUUGAAUCGAAUCUAUAAACUAGAUUCUCGCAUCCAUCGAUAAAAGUAUUCAAAUGUCUAAAAGAAUUUUAUUAAUAUUGCAGAGCAACUAGUUCAUCUAAUUCAAUUGCAUAAGGUUCCAUCCAGUAUGGAAGAGACUUUGAAUUUGAGAAAUGAUGUAGAAUUGGCAACAUCAGUCUCUGAUAAGCAUCGUGAUCUUUUGAGGCCAUCUGCUAGAAGUUAUUCAAUUUUUAGAGGCCAGGCAGCAGAUGCUGCAGAUCAUGAUAGAGGCAAGUAUGCUCUAAUUCGAGACCCAGAGGACCUCCAAACCGGACUUUAUGACAAACCCCUUCCGUGUUUUGGAUGUGGAAUUGGAUGGUUCUCAUUUCUUGUUGGAUUUCUAUGUCCACCUCUGUGGUACUAUGCAACUAUUCUCUAUUUUGGAAAUUACUAUAUGAAGGAUCCUAGGGAACGUGCGGGAUUGGGAGCCUCUGCAAUUGCUGCUUUAAUAUCCUUUGUGGCAUUGCUUAUCAUAGGAGCUAUUCUUCUGUUGCAUUCACUCUGAUACUGUGAAAUGUAGAGGUGAUUAAGACGGAUAUCUGAAAAAAAUAUACAUGUAUUUCAAAUUUUAUUGGUGGAGUAUAAUAUCUGUAAAUUGAGAGAAAGAUGAUAUGUCUUUUAUAUGGUACAUUUGUGUAUAUCAUGUAUAAACAAAAGAAAUCUCACAUAUUUCUUACCGUAUUUUUUCCAACCAAGAUAUUUCUAUGUUGAAGAACA